CUCAUAGGAGGCGCUCAAAAUGUUCACUGGAAUUCGAGUACACAGCGGAAAAGAUGUUGGACACGAAAAAGAUUUAAAAACAAUUAUUCCUCACACUCCGCUCCGAGCAGUACAGAACAACAAAUUUUUGUUUAGCUUCGAGUUUUGUUUGGUUUCAGUACUUUUACGGAUCAAAAAUGUGUGGACCCUGUGGAUCGUGCUGCAGUCCCUGCUGUGGACCCUGUGGACCUUGCUGCGGGCCGUGCUGUGGACCGUGCUGUGGACCCUGCUAUGGACCCAAUGUCUACGGACCGUGCUGCGCAACAGGACCCUGCUUCGGGUGCUGCGGUGGCUGUUGCUAAGCACACGACAGGGUUUAAGCCUUCCAUCACAAGUCCGGUGAAGCCUGCACAAAUCUCGAAGCUAUCGUGUAGUCCUUGUGAAUAAAAUAUUUAUAAAACAUAAA